GGCCCGGCUAAUCGAGCACCGCGCGCCGACGGCUCGGCGCUCGGCCGGCGGCGCCUGCGCAGCGCGCGGUUUCCGGCGUGGGGGACGCGGCGCGCGGCGCUCUGCGGUGAGUCGCGAGGUGCGCGGGAAGCGCGUGCGCCGUCCGGGGAGGGCGCGGCCAUGGCCUCUCUGCUGGCCAAGGACGCCUACCUGCAGGGCCUGGCCAGGAAGAUCUGCCGCCAGCCCAGCCCGGAGCCGCAGAAGCGCACGGCCGCCGGCAGAACUCGAGGCUCAGAAGCUGCUGGGCCCCCAAAAAAGAAGAGGAGGAAAGCACAGAAGAAGUCCCAGGAGCGGGAGAAGGCCGUGGAGCUGAAGACCCAGGCUCUAGGGGAAAAAUCUCCAGCACCUUCCAGGGCCAGAAAGCCAGCAGUAUGUGAGGAGGGAGAGGCCUUCCCCUCCACGCGGUCCCCAGCACACGGGGAUGGGGAGCAGGGCCAGCUGACUUCAGAAACCCUGGUCGCAGAGCCCGACUCUUUGUUUGCCCUGGAUGUGGUGCGGCAGCGGCUCCAUGAGAAAAUCCGGGAGGCUCGGGGCCAGGGCCACACCACGGCGCUGUCUCUUGCUGCUUUGGAGAAAAGACGGCGGAGGAAGCAGGAGCGGGACCGGAGGAAGAGGAAGCGAAAGGAGUUGAGAGCGAAGGAGAAGGCGGCGGAGGCGGCGGAGGCUGCCGAUCUGCCCUGUGAGCUGCCCCAGGAACCGCUGCCAGAGGGCGUGCCGGCGGGGCUGCUCUUCAAUAAGGUGGAGGUGACUGCGGAGCAGGCGGCCAGCAGGGUCCAGCGCCGGAAGGAGAAGAGGCAGAAGCUGAAGGGGAACCUGGCGCCGCUGACGGGCAGGAACUACCGGCAGCUGCUGGAGCGCCUGCAGGCCAGGCAGGCUCGGCUGGAGGAGCUGCGGGGCCGGGACGAGGGGAAGGCGCGGGAGCUGGAGAGCAAGAUGCAGUGGACCAACCUGCUGUACAAGGCGGAGGGCGUGCGCAUCCGGGACGACGAGCAGCGGCUGCAGGAGGCCCUGAGGCGCAAGGAGAAGCGGCGCGCUCAGCGGCAGCGCACGUGGGAGAAGCGCUCGGCCCACGUGGUGGAGAAGAUGCAGCAGCGGCAGGACAAGAGGCGGCGGAACCUGCGCAAGAAGAAGGCAGCCCGGGCCCAGCGGCGCCUGGACAAGGCCCGCAGGAAGGGCCGCAUCCUGCCCCAGGACCUGGAACGGGCCGGCCUGGCAUGAGUCUGCGGCCCGGGGGCUGCCCUCCCAGCUCAUGGGCCGGCGGCGGGCGCUCGUCUGCGCUCCUCGGCGGUCGGGGCUCCGUGGGCUCCCCCCCAAGCUGGUUGGGAAGGCUCAGCGCCCCCGGGGGACGGAUGGGGGAGUUAGGAGAACGGAGGCCCGGGUCCUUCCGAGCCUGGAAGGGGCUGACCGGGUCCGGGUUCCCGCCUUCUCUUGGGAGGCCGCAAAGCUGCCCGCAAGUCUGGGGGGUGGGGAGGCGUGGAGGGCGCGAGCGUGGAGGGGCUCUUCCCUGGCUCCUCCUUCCCCUGCCGUGUGGACAGGAGCCGGGAAAGUGUGGCCUUGGGGACUGUCGGUUCCGUUUAAAGCCCCCCUGGAAGGGAGGAAGCUCAGAGCUGCUGCAGCCCAAGUCCAGGCUGGCACCGGCCUCGCCACGGGCAGAGGGUGGGACCGGCGUGGCUGGG